GUUUUUGAGCAAGGUGUUGUUCAGUUUCCAUGUGUUUGAUUUUUUAGUAAAAAAUACUAUGGAAGCAGAGAUGAACGAUUUUUUCUGGCUGAAAGUAUGGGGAAAACUUUAUGGAGAACAAAGAUAAUAAAAGCUUAGUAUGGCUUUUAUCUAACAAAAAUAGAAAACAUAGUAACAGGUAAUUAUAAUAGAUACUGCUAAGAGAGAUAUAAAAUGAUUUUACUUACAAGUAGAAAUAUCUGGAUUUUACUUUUUUUUUUUAAGGUGGUGAUAGUGGACUGGAUGGGUUAGGAGGACCAGGUGUACAGCUAGGAAGCCCAGAUAAGAAAAAACGUAAGGCAAAUACACAGGGACCUUCUUUUCCUCCGUUGUCUGAGUAUGCUCCACCACCAAAUCCAAACUCAGACCAUCUAGUGGCUGCAAAUCCGUUUGAUGACAACUAUAAUACUAUUUCCUAUAAACCACUACCUGCGUCCAGUCCGUAUCUUGGCCCUGGUUAUCCUGGCUUUGGAGGCUACAGCACGUUCAGAAUGCCACCUCACGUUCCCCCAAGAAUGUCUUCCCCAUACUGUGGUCCCUACUCGCUCAGGAAUCAGCCACACCCAUUUCCUCAGAAUCCUCUGGGCAUGGGUUUUAAUCGACCUCAUGCUUUUAACUUUGGGCCACAUGAUAAUUCAAGUUUUGGAAAUCCAUCUUAUAAUAAUGCGCUGAGUCAGAAUGUUAACAUGCCUAAUCAACAUUUUAGACAAAAUCCUGCUGAAAACUUUAGUCAGAUUCCUCCACAGAAUGCUAGCCAAGUGUCUAACCCUGACUUGGCAUCUAAUUUUGUCCCUGGAAAUAAUUCAAAUUUUACUUCUCCAUUAGAAUCUAAUCAUUCUUUUAUUCCUCCCCCAAACAAUUUUGGUCAAGCAAAAGCACCACCCCCAAAACAAGACUUUAGUCAAGGAGCAACCAAAAACACUAAUCAAAAUUCUUCUGCUCAUCCACCUCAUUUAAACAUGGAUGACACAGUGAAUCAGAGUAAUAUUGAGUUAAAAAGCGUUAGUCAGAACAAUGCAGUAAAUCAGGAGAACAGCCGUUCCAGUAGUGCUGAAGCUACAAAUACCAGCCACGCAAACGGGACACAGAAUAAGGCACGCCAGCCGAGAGCUGCAGCGGAUGCCUGCGCCACUGAAAAAAGCAAUAAGUCCUCUCUCCACCCAAGCCGCCAUGGCCACUCAUCUGCCGACCCAGUGUAUCCUUGUGGAAUUUGUACAAAUGAAGUCAACGAUGAUCAGGAUGCCAUCUUAUGUGAGGCUUCCUGUCAGAAAUGGUUUCAUCGGAUCUGCACUGGAAUGACUGAAACAGCUUAUGGCCUUCUAACUGCAGAGGCGUCAGCAGUAUGGGGCUGUGAUACCUGCAUGGCUGACAAAGACGCCCAGUUAAUGCGCACCAGAGAAACGUUUGGUCCACCCGCAGUGGGCAGCGAUGCAUAAUCACAGGCAUUAACCCAGGUGUCUCCCCUGUGGAUCACAGAGGUUCAGUGACACAGGAUUUUAACGUUUUACAUUAUUUUUUUAAAUGCACACACGAAGAGAUUAUUUACCUUUUAGUUUUUAUUAAUAUUACACUUCAGUACUAGUGCAAGUUUUGUGUUGUCUUUGUUUGCUGUCUUACACGAGAACAGUGCAUAUGGGGGUGCUUCAGAGAGUACCCUACAAAUAGCCGUUAGGUGUUUUUGCUGACCGUAAACACAAAAGCCUCUUGAAGCUUCAAAAUAAUAGACAGCAAAUGUAGGCAAGUUUUAACGUUUAAAAGUUAGAAUCAUUGCAGGAUGUCUAUUUCAGCACUGAACUUUGAAGGUACCACAUUCAACAUUUAGUUCAAAAAGUUUUUCAAGGAUAUAUUUAACAUGGUUUCAGAACAAAAUGUGCAUAGCUAUAAUAUU